AUGAAAGCUAUUUUUUUUAACCGAAUACACGUUCACCAUCGCCCCUACCUCUACCAUGGAAUCAUCAUCCUCAAAGUGCAAAACCAUCACCAUAACAAGAAUGACAGUGAUGAGAAGAAGAAGAAGGUUGUUCAGAGACUUCAUUGCUGUGUGAAGAAGUAUGAGUGGGGAAGGGCGUGGCGAGACUCACUCGUGGCAAAGCUAUUCUGCAUGAAUUCAGAGUCGCAGCUUGAAGAGGAUGAGCCUUAUGCAGAGCUUUGGAUGGGCACCCACGUGUCUGGGCCCUCUUCCAUUGCUUUGGAAGGUUGUGAGAGAGUGACCCUUAAGUCUUGGCUCUUGCAGAACCCUAACGUGCUUGGAGAAAAGGUUCUGGAGAAAUGGGAUGGUGAUCUACCUUUCUUGUUUAAGGUGCUGUCAGUGGAUAAGGCCUUGUCUAUACAAGCUCACCCUGAUAAAGAGCUAGCUAAGAACUUGCACAAGUUGCAUCCUAAUAUUUACAAGGAUGAGAAUCACAAACCGGAGAUGGCUUUGGCUGUGACACAGUUUGAGGCUCUAUGUGGCUUUGUCACUCUCAAGGUCGUGCUUACUGUCCCUGAGGUUUUGGAACUGGUUGGUGCUGAAAAUGUUAACUUGGUGUUACAAAUCACUGAUGAGGAUGGUGAAGAGAAGGUUAAACCUAUUUUGAAGGCCACUUUCAUUGACAUCAUGUCAGAAAGUAAAGAGAGAGUAAUUGGUGUCGUGAACAGGUUGAGAAGUCGUCUGCAUAAGGAAAUGAGGCAGUUGACAGUUAAGGAGCAAUUAGUGAAGAGGUUGGAAAAGCAAUAUCCAUCUGAUGUUGGUGUCAUAGCAGCCUUUUUUCUUAACCAUGUAAAACUCUCUCCAAGUGAAGCCUUAUUCCUUGGGCCAAAUGAACCACAUGCAUACAUUUAUGGUGAGUGCAUUGAAUGCAUGGCAACUUCAGACAAUGUAGUCAGAGCUGGCCUCACCUCAAAACACAGAGAUGCUCAGACUCUUUGUUCCAUGCUCACAUACAAACAGGGUUUUCCUGAGAUCCUGGGAGGAGUUGCUAUAAAUCCAUAUGUGAACAGAUAUAUCCCACCAUUUGAGGAAUUUGAGAUUGAUUCUUGUGUUCUUCCUCAAGGGGAAACUGUACUAUUCCCUGCAGUUCUAGGUCCUUCCAUCUUUUUGGUCAUAGUUGGGGAAGGAGUGAUGAAUACAGAAUCACCAAAAGGAUAUCAAAUCACUGAAGGAGAUGUUCUCUUUGUGGCUACCAACACUAAGAUAAGUGUUAGUAGUACAUCUCAGUUGCAUUUGUUUAGGACUGGGGUUAAUACCAGAUUCUUUCAAACUCCCAGAGCCUGA